AAAUGGCGGCGGCGUGUCGGAGGCGUCUCCGUUCGCACAGUGCUCGACGUCGCGCAGUCCGCGUAUGUUCGCAAUAACGUUCCAGCAGAUCAACGACGUCGGCGUCGGUGACAGAUCGGGCGGCGGGUCGCAUGCGAUCGCGGCGUCGCGCUCCGAUUACGCGCGCGAGACACGGUGGUUCCUCCUUCCGGCAACGCUGCACGUCGCUGACGCACGUUACUACUACCCCUCCUCCCCCCUCUGUGUACGGCGGAGCGAAGUCGAGUGCACGGCGUGCGGGUUCGACGCGGCUGCACCGCGGUCGACACGGAAACGGCGUGAAUAAGAGCAGUGAGCGAGUGGUGCCAGGAGCGAGGGGGGGGAAAGGAAAAGAGAGAGAGAGAGAAAGAGAACGGUUCAUUGUGUGGCUCGGUACGUGAGAUAUUCCCGGAGAGAGUUCCCGCGACGCCGCGUGCUUCUUCCGAUCUUCGUCCCUUCAUCCCCUUCUCCUCUCCCCCUCUCUCUUUUCUCUCUUUCUCUCUCUACCCAUCAGUCGGCUCCGAAUUCGGUCGCCCGGAGUACGCGGCUUUCUCUUUCCAUUUCUUCCCAUUCGCUCCCUCGUUCUCUCCCCUUUCUCUCUCUCUCUCUCUCUUUGUCUUACGUGCUCGGCGCUCUUUCACGGCACCGUAGUGAAAUGCGCGUGACCGGUCGCGCCUCGGAACGACGGCGACGACGUGUCUGGCGUCGUUGGUGGUGCACGUUCCCCUGACGAGCACGAGAGACGCGCGACGGCGACUCGGCACAUCCCCCGCAGCCCUCGCUACUAUGAUAAUAACGAGAAGCACGGUGACGAGCACGGCGGCGGUGGCGACGACGACGACGACGGCGGCACGGUGGCCGUUUCCCCUGAAGCAAGAGACGCUCGGUCGAACUACUCGAACUUCCUGCAACGUCGGUGGAAAACGACGGCGAUCAACGACGGAUCUACAUAACGACGCUGUCUCGGCGAUGUUGCCUCGCGGUUGCGGCCGUCGCGUGGUACAUGGGAACGACAACAGCAACAGGAACAACAGCAACACCAUCGAGCCGCAGUGGAUCAGCGGUAGCUGCACAGCAUUCGCAUCGGUACUGCCGUACUACUGCUACUACUACUAUUAUUACCAGCGUAUCGCUUUUAUCGGCAUCGUAGCCUCAUUACUCGCCAACGACGACGACGACGACGUCCGCGAGGACGACGAUUUGACACCAGCACGAGUUCCGGAGCAGCGGGACGACGACUCGGCCGCGGACAACAGCGGGGCAACGACGAGCAGUGACGAGCGUCUUCUCGACCGCCGGAACGGACUUCUACGUUGUUGCGCGUGACCAAGAGCCUCGCUACUACUGCAGCUAGCCGAAUCGGCGUGGAUACGCGCGACGACACCGUGCACGGAGAGUGCGACGAUGAUUAACGAGGCGGCGUGCGAACGUUAAUUCCGCACGGGCCGGGCUCCUCUCGCGAUACGUACGUGGUAACGACCGAUAGCGAUAACAAGUCAAUCGGUGGUAAUAAACGCGUACAACAGUCAUUCCCCGCGCCCGAUCGAUCGUCAUCGCGCGCCGGUGUACAGAGAAAACAGUGUUACAGGCGGGCACAUAGGAACUCGUGUCACGUACGGUCAUCGGCCAGUGUACACACCGCUCGCGGCGGAGGGCGGGAGGGGGUGGACCAGGGGUAUAGAAGCGACGAGGGAAGAAGGAGCCAGGUAUCGUCGAUCCAGAUAAGCCGUGUUAUAUUCGCGACAAGGUACGGAUGGACGCUUCGCCGCGGCCCCGCGGCGGCCAAUCUGUGACGGACUGUAAACGGGAUUUUCUGUUGGGAAGAAAGAAAAAAUAAAUAAAUAAAAAAUAGAGAGCACACACGUAUCCCGGGGCGCCCGUUGACCGGUACCUUCAAGCUUUCGAUUCGCGCGUAACCAGCGUGUACGUCGCGAACCAUAAACACGUAUUUCACACACAUACCCACACACAUACGUACACAUAUACAUCUAUAUACGUGCGGAUGCGACACGUAUUUCGCGUUUGUAUAUUGUACGUAAUAGAGACGUAUAGUGAGCAAAGAGCAGGAAGAUAAAGAAACCGGAGGACAGAGAAAAAAGACAGAGAAAAAA